AUGACGAAGAAGCCCAACGGCAGCCACAUGUUCCGCCAGAACAUGUUAGGUGCCUCGCGGGGCCUCGCGCGCGCCAUCCCUCGGCGGUGCCACGCGCAACCCAGUUCCAUCGCCCUCAUCCCCCGGCGAUUUCAGUCGAGCGGUCCCUUCCAGCCCCUCCGACCACCGUCGCCCAGUGAGCUAGGUGCCCCCAAGGCAGCGAAGGAAUACAAGAAGGGGCGGCGAUGGGGGCGGAGACUGCUUCUUCUUGCAGGCGUCGGCGGCGUGGUCUAUGUCGCUGACGGCCAGCUUUUCUCCUUUGGGCUGCUGCGCUCCGCGCGGACAUUCUCCACGGGCCUGAUUGUGGCGCUCGACUACAAGAUGAACUUUCGGCCCAACCCCUGGGUGGGCGGCGACAUUCAGGACCUGCACGCGCGAAGCGCCCGGCGCCUCUUCCACCUCCUGCAGGACAAUGGCGGCCUCUACCUCAAGGUUGGCCAGGCGAUUGCGAUGCAGAGCGCGGUGCUGCCCCCGGAGUUCCAGAAGAUGUUUGCGCAAAUGUUUGACGAUGCGCCGCAGGAUGACUGGAAGGACGUGGAGGCAGUCAUCCGAGAGGACUUUGGCAAGAGCGUCGAGGAGGUCUUUGGUGUCAGCUUCACCGGCAAGGAGGGAUACGGCGUGAUGGAGCGCAAGGCCAAGGCCAGCGCCAGCGUCGCACAGGUGCAUUGGGCGAAGUUGACCGAUGGCCGAGAGGUUGCGAUCAAGGUGCAGAAGCGCGAGAUUAGCAAGCAAAGAUCCAUGGAUCUUUGGUCUUUCAAGACUGUGACGUGGAUCUACUCCAAAUGGUUUGACAUUCCUUACUACAAGCUUGUUCCCUUUAUCAUCGAGCGUCUAGAGCUAGAGAUGGACUUUGAGAACGAGGCGCAGAACUCGGAGACGAUGCGCGCGCUGAUUCAGCAAGAGAAAAAGCUCAAUGGCCGGGUGUACAUUCCCACCGUCUACCCAGAGCUCACCUCGAAGAGAGUCUUGACGACGGAGUGGAUAGAAGGUGUCAGACUGUGGGAUAAGAAGACCUUGACCUCAAGGUGGCUAGGAGGGUAUGGACAGGGGUCGCCAGGUGCCGGCAAGCCUCUACCGCCCGCUGAUAUGGAUGCCCUGCGGAGGGAAGCGCGCACAAAGGCCUUGAACGAGAGUCUCAAGCCCAACCGUGACAGCUGGAAGGGACCGCGCGGCAAAGGUGGUCUCGGGGUCUCGACCAAGGAGGUCAUGACGACCAUGGUCGAUCUGUUCUCGGCGCAGAUCUACAAGUGGGGUGUUGUACACUGCGACCCCCAUCCGGGCAACAUCUUCAUCCGACGUCUCCCCAGCGGCAAGGCAGAGCUCGUCCUGAUCGACCACGGCCUCUAUGUCUACCUGACGGACGAGUUCCGCCACCAGUACAGCGUGCUCUGGAAGGCACUCAUGACGUUUGACAACAAGACGAUUGCCGACGUGACGGAGAAAUGGGGCAUCAAGUCGCCCGACCUGUUCUCCACCGCCACUCUCCUGCGCCCGUACGAGGGGGGCGAGAAGAUUGACGCCGGCAUGGAGAACAUGACACCGUCGGAACGGUCCUACGCCAUUCAGCAGAAGAUGAAGCAGGGCGUACGGGACAUGCUGGCGGACGAGGACAAGUGGCCCAAGGAACUUCUCUUCCUGGGACGCAACAUGCGCAUCGUCCAAGGAAACAACCAGUACAUGGGCUCGCCCGUGAACCGGCUGAAGAUGAUGGGAGAGUGGGCGAGCUCCAGUCUCUACCAGGACCCCAAGCUAUCCUGGGACCACCGUCUGAGCAAUGCCUUUCGACACUUGAUCUUCAAGGUGGUCAUGACGGCGUCCGACGUCGCUUUUUACUUCUACAUGGCCAGGGCGUGGCUCGGUCUCGGCAGCAACAUGGAAGACGCGAUGGAGCAGCGCAUGCGGGAGAUGGCAUCCGAGUACGGCGUCGAAUUGCAAGGCGAUGUCUUUGAGGGUUGA